AUGGUUAGCACUGGAUGGGGCGGACCUAAUACGGUUAAGAAAGGGUUCCAUGCUACGGAUGUAAUGAAAGGAGACUACGGCUUUUCUGUGAAUUUGUUCCGAUGGUCAACACAUGAGAAAAUACAAACUAUAGAAUUGCCGGAACUUGGCGGACCUAUGCCCUUUGAAAUAAGGUUCAAACACGACCCAAACAGUCCAUAUGCCUUUUUCGGGUCAGUUCUUGGAUCGUGUCUAUGGCUACUCAAACCCGAGUCUGAGGGCUCGCAGCAGUAUACCGCUGAAUGUGCUGUGAAAAUUCCUUCUAUAGAGGUAUGAAC